CAUUGGGAUUUUGGGAAAGAUCCCAACAAGGGGAGGAUGGAAAUGCUGCCCCCCGUCACGCUGCUGUCCCUGCAUGUUUCUGACUGAGGUGCUCGGGCUGGGUCCGUGCUGAGAGCAGAGCUCGGGGUGGCUGCUGGGUGGUGGCAGAGCCCAGCUCUCCCCGUUCCCUCCCAGAGCCUUCUGAUCACUCUGCUUGGGCAGGGGAAAGGGAAACGAAAACAAAACGAGGCUUCCUGCUGGCUUCCUGGGGCUCGUGUCUCUUCUGUGGGGUGACUUCUAGAGGCUGGCGUUUUCAGGAGCAAAGCUGCUGAGUCAAAAUAAGCCUGGGAGUGCCCGUAGGUGUCAGGGGGACGUACGGAUAACCAAAUAGCCCCAAAACAUGAUGCCCCCUCCACCAAAUACCAUGCAACCUCUCCCUGCUGCUUGCUGCAGGUCAUUUUAGCCUGGAGGGACCCGCCGGCCACCUCUCCGAGGAGCCCUUCACCCACCUACCAGCGGCAGUUCCUUGUUCCAGCCUGCUUGCCAUGCCUGGGCCUUGACACUUCUGGGAGCAGCUGUUUAAAAUGGCAGAGAGAGGUGGAAAUGAAGAAGUCAUUCACUUAAACAGCUUCCGUAGUCACCGAGGGAAAGACUGGAUAAACCGCAGGGAUGACGGUCUUAUCACGAUAUCAGAUUCCUCGGAUGAAGAAUUACCUUUGUUGUUGGAAACGUCAGCAGAACAGCAGCACGAAGAAGAUGAUGAUGAUGUGGUUAUCUUGGCAGAGACCCCAAAGCAUCAGCAGCUUGUGCGUCCCAAUGUCAUCAGGCCUGCUGCUCAGUGGCAGGGUUCAAACACUGUGGGAGAAGGAGGAUCCAAACGCACUGUAGGGCCCUUGAGGGGCACGUAUCUGCAAGAUGAGACGUCAGCUCUGCUCUGCCAGAAGGACCAGCGUGAUUACGAGGUGGAGAGCAACGCUGGACCAAGCAGGGAUGAGAAUGUGAACUUUGCCUUGCAGCAGCCCGGGCCAUCUGAACAAAACGGCCCCAGGUUUGAACUUCCAAAUAACCUGGAGCCUGACCCAAGUUUGCUUCCAGCAGUAAAGAUGAGUCCUCAGGUUGUCGUCGACGAGGAAAUCAUUAAUCUAGAGAAAGCAGACGUGCCACCGCAACAGGAGGAAAAGGUGGAAGCCCAGGGCUGGCAAGGAGAGGACUUGAAGCCAGAGCUCUUGCAAAACGCUGAAGGAACAGUUGCUGCACCCAGCACGGAGCAGGAGCUCCAGGAGAACGGCCGGCUGGAUCGCUUCCAGCCCUCAGGAGGGGAGCCCCAGGCCCUUGUAAAUGGUUGUGCUCCUCCGCAAGGGCAGCCUGAAGCAGACUCAGGAUCUUCGAGGGUUUAUGGAGAGGAGGCUCCUGGGCCGGCUUUCCCCAGACCUGAGCCACAGCAGGAUGGGAUUCCUGGUCCUGCUUCGCCCCAGCCAGCACACCCCCCAGAAGAAACGAGGGGGCAGCAGGCAGCAAUAGACAACGAGCAGCCAGGCCCAGCAUUCCCGGCACAGGGCUUGCACGAACUCGGUUCUAGUGAUGUGCCAGAACAGGGGGCUGCUGGGCAGGACCAAGACCUCACUGCGCUGCUCAUCAGAGAGACAGAAGCAAGGUUCCCAGAUGUGAAGAAGGAAUAUAUUGAAGAGUUGAUCAAUGUCAAGAACUGCUAUGACUUAAAUGUACUUUGCAACUUUCUUCUGGAAAACCCAGAUUACCCAAAGAAGGAAGGCAGAAUGGUUUUAAAUCCCAGCAGCAGCCUGCUUGCCAGCCAAGACGAGACAAAGGUGCCUAAAGUGGACUACUUCGACUUUUCCAAGCUUGCUCCACUUGAUCAGCGGUGCUUUAUUCAGGCAGCUGACCUCCUUAUGGCGGACUUCAAAAUGCUGAGCAGCCAAGACAUUAAGUGGGCACUACAUGAACUCAAGGGACACUAUGCAAUCACACGAAAGGCCUUUUCAGAUGCCAUCAAAAAAUGGCAGGAGCUGUCUCCGGAAACCAGUGGGAAACGAAAAAGAAGAAAAGAAAUGAAUCAGUAUUCAUAUAUAGAUUUCAAAUUUGAGCAAGGUGAUGUGAAAAUUGAGAAGCGGAUGUUCUUCCUGGAGAACAAGAGACGACACUGGAGAACCUAUGACAAGCUCUCGCUUCUUCCACCAGUGCUGCUGGAGCAGGAAUUCUAUGAGCAAAAAGUUAAAGAGAUGGCAGAGCAUGCAGACUUCCUCCUUGCUCUGCAGAUGAAUGAGGAGCAGUAUCAGAAGGAUGGGCAGAUGAUAGAGUGCCGCUGCUGUUACGGGGAGUUUGCAUUUGAAGAGCUCACUCAGUGUGCAGAUGGUCACUUAUUCUGCAAGGAGUGCCUAAUUAAAUAUGCUCAGGAGGCAGUCUUUGGCUCUGGGAAGUCAGAGCUCAGCUGCAUGGAGGGCAGUUGCAUGUGUUCAUUCCCCACCAGCGAGCUGGAGAAGGUGCUUCCAGAGAACAUCCUCUGCAAAUACUACGAGAGGAAAGCGGAGGAGGAGGUGGCUGCUGCCUGUGCAGAUGAGCUUGUCAGGUGUCCGUUCUGUAACUUCCCAGCUCUACUGGACAACGACGUGAAGCGGUUCAGCUGUCCUAAUCCCCGCUGCAGAAAGGAAACAUGUCGGAAGUGCCAGGGGCUGUGGAAGGAGCACAUGAACCUCACCUGCGAGCAGCUGGCUGAGAAGGAUGACAUCAAAUACAGGACGUCCAUAGAAGAGAAGAUGACAGCUGCCCGCAUUAGAAAAUGCCACAAGUGCGGGACUGGCCUAAUUAAAUCGGAGGGUUGCAACCGCAUGUCCUGCCGCUGCGGCGCUCAGAUGUGCUACCUCUGCCGGGCUGCCAUUAACGGGUACGACCACUUCUGCCAGCACCCCCGCUCGCCCGGGGCUCCCUGCCAGGACUGUGCCAAGUGUUCUCUCUGGACAGAUCCCACAGAAGAUGACGAGAAGAUAAUUCAGGAGAUUCAGAAAGAGGCUGAAGAGGAACAAAGGAAGAAGAACGGGGAGAACAGCUUCAAGCGGAUCGGCCCUCCCGUGGAAAAGCCCGUGGAGAAAAUCCAGAGAAUCGAGGUCAUCCCCAGGCCCGUUCCUCAGAACCUCCACCAACCCCGGAUGCCUCCGUACCCCUUCGUGCACCCCCCCUUCCCUCUCCCUCCCGUCCGUCCCAUGUACAAUAACAUCCCCCUCAACAUAGGCCCCAUCCCCGCCCCCUACGUGCCUCCGCUGCCUAACAUGAGGGUGAACUACGAUUUUCCCCAGAUCAAUGUUCAGCUGGAGCACAACUUGCCUAUGCACUUUGGCCCUCAGCCCCGACACCGGUUCUGACCUGGUUCCAAUAGCAUCUGACACAGAGUCACUGCGGGGCAAAGCCACCCCGGUAACAUCCCCCCCAGUCCUGCUUCAGCCCCCUGGGUUAGCCAGCUGCAAGGGGAGCUGCUGUGACUCACGUGUCCCUGCACUACACCCCCCCGGUCGUGGCUUCUCCGGACUUUUUGCAAUUAAAACAUUUCAGCCUGUGCUACAGCGGGGCUCGGUGCUGCAUUUCCAAGGAUUUCUUCCCGUGUUGAGAGUCCAGGUUGGUUUUGUUGGUUCGUUUGUUUGUUUGUUUGGCGAGGGCCGUUCAGACAGCUGUUGGGAGGGAAAGCGAGACGUGUGGAGCACAGGGAUGCAAGCGUUCCUCGGGAGUUUUCCAAAAAUCCAACCUUCCUGCUGGCCAGAGCAGCUGCAACAAGCCUGAGUCUUGGGGGAAGGAAGGAGAGACUUGGCACCUGAGUAAGACCUUCAGGAUCAAGAUAACAGAACUCUGCUGCCCUAGCCCAAAGCAGGGUUUCCCGUGUUCUCCAGCAUCCCUGUAAUCUGCUAACACCUCCCAGCAGAAAUAAAUUGUUCAAACCCAAGUAGACGUAGUGUGUUCAGCAUUUCUCGCUCUGCAAGAGGAGUGAGGAGAUGGGGCAGCCACCUCAUCGCUCAGAUCUUGGUAGGCAGCCCCAGAGCCACGUUCCUGUCUCAGGGCUUUCCGAAACAGCAGGAGACUCCCUACCCUCAUCUUUGGGAGCUGAGCUUGCCCCCUUCCAAGGGCUCAGGUGUUUUCCCCAAGCGUGGCCUUGGCUUUGCUGUUACCCAGGCACCUCAAACACCCUUCUGCACUUGGGGGAAGCACUCAGAGCCAAAGCCAGCUCCCUCAUCUCCAAGACUGCUGGGGCAGACACGUGUUUUGGUGCACAGGAGUGGUGUGUGCUGUGUGCUGCUGCACAAAACGAGGGAGUACCCGUGUGUAGGUCUGCAGGCAGGCGGCGAGCUCGGAGCCCCCCCUUAGCUGAAAUCCCUGCAAGCCCGCAGGCAGCAGCCUCGUGCUGUCGGGAGCUGGCUGCUUCCGAAACAUUUAACUCCCGAAAACUUGAAUUGCAGUUUAAUUGGCUUCAGAAGGGCGUGUUAAAAGGCAAACACGAGCAUCGCCGGGCUCAGGAGGGGAGGAUUUAGGGGAAGCAGAGCUGUGUAAGGAGCAGGGGUUGUGAUGGCUGCCUGAGCUUGUCAGCGGGGUGUGUGAGGAGCCUUGGUGCAAAGCCCUUGCCCCAGACCUUGGCUGUACUGUCUGGGACCCCUAUAAAAAAAAAAUGCUUGGAGGGAGAAAGCCUCUUCCCAGAAGUUCUGGGCUUGUUUUGGUUUUUGGUUUGUUUUUUACCAGUCCGGUUGCGCAGUUGUUCCUGAGUUUUGAUCCGUGCUGCAUCCUGCUCCUUCCUGCUGAGAGCCAGCUCACCGCAGUUCCCUGCUGGUUUCCUCCCGCUGUGUUUUAGCAUCCAGGUGUCUUUUGCCUGUGGUUUUUUGUUCAGGUAAAACUCCCCUGCCUCUGCCUCUUGACUCCUGUCAAGCCUUCCCUGGCACAGCAUCUCCUCGGCGCUGUGCUGGCAGCGGGAGCUCCCAGAGAGAGGCCUGGGACAGCAGCUCCAGGUGGCAGGAGAAGAUUUCCCCACCAGCUGUGGGGCUGUGGCUCUGGGAGGGUUUCACAGCGGGCACUUCCCUGCCUUUUGGAGCUGAAUCAGCAUUUUCCCUGCUUUCAGGUGUUUCCUAUGGUUUGAAAUGCGUCCUGCGAAGCGUUGCGUGUUCCUCGGUGCCAUGUUCUGUCUAGCGUUAAUAACCAAGUGGUAUUCACUUGCUGCUAUCUUUUUUUUUUUUUAAUUUUUCUCUCUUAAUGUAUUUCUGGAGGUAGCCACGGGGUUGCGGUGGCUUCCCCACUCUUGUCAGGAUUUUAGCCAGGUUUAAAUCCAUCAAACGCUGCCCUUCCCAGCACCAUCGGGCGCUCAGAGAAUCGACCCAGUUCAGACGAAGCGCGGGUAGCUGCCCGUCGCAGAAAGGGAACCUUGGUUUUUUAGUAGCUGAGAUCUUGUGGGCUUGAGGGCUGCCUUGGAUGAGGUUUAGAUGACCCCCAGGAACUGGGGACACCUCCGUGGGGCCGUGGCAGCUCCGUGGUGCUGCCCUGGAUCAACGCUCAGGCUGCUGGCAGAGGGGCAGGGAGGAAGGGAAAGGCUGGAGCCCCGCAGAACCACGAGCUGCUUUGUGUCCGAGAGGAGAAAUCGGUGCUGGGGAGGUGCCUGGCGGUGCCUGUGGCUGCUUCUCCCCCACCGAGAAAACCCCCAGACCACUGAAAAUGCAUCCGCAGCCGAACCGUGCGGCUGCUCCUUCCCUCCUAACCCAAGUGGCUUCCAGCAGUUGUGCUUUCCGAUAGCAUUUUGGGUCUGUUUUUGGUUUUUACUUUCAAAAAAACAAAAACAAAACAAAACAAAAAUGAUUGCACAACCCACAGAAAUCCCUGCUCGGGGCCCUCCAGUUCCGCGCCCCGUUUCCCUCCCGCCCUGCCGUGGAUUAUUUGGGGCGGCGGGGGGGUCGCUGUGCCCAGGUUGCUCCCCUCCAGGUACUCGUUAUGGUUAAUUGCAGUGUCCCGUUUUACUUGCCUUAAAGGUGGAGAGAGAAACUUAGUAUUUGCACUUAGCAAAACGUUAUAUUAAAAGAAAGAAAACCCUGUAAAGAUGUGCAUGUUCUGCAACUUUGUAUAACAAUAGCCGAAAACAAAUAGGUGUUUUAUUAAAAAAUAAAAACAAAUAAAAAAAAAUAUUUUUCUUUACCUUCCGGUAGUAAACCAUUCUAAUAUUCCGUGUGUAAAAAGUUUCCUGUAUUAUAUUGUAAUUUGAAUUUUUUUGUAAAUAAAUUUGUGCACUCUGGCUUUCA